ACUUGCUUCAUCAGAAGUAACCAAUGUGACAAAUUCAUGCUGUUCAGACGGGCUGGGACUGAACUACACAAUACCAAUGUUCUUGGAGUGUAAGCCGAAACAGCAUCCAAAUGGAACCAUGGUACAGACCAUCCCAAAGCUCAUCUCUCUCUCGGCUGCCGUGGGACGUGCACGUGGGAGUACUCACACUCACAGAAUGUGCAGAUUUCCUGAUUGUGAAAGGAAUCCAUGUGAAAACGGCUGGUGCGAGGAAACUAUGGAAGGCUACAAAUGCCACUGCCCAGCUGAGGUUCAGGGGAAACAUUGCAACGAACAUGUUGACGAACCGCCAGUGAACUCAUUGACAGACGAUGACGAAAAGCCUGUGGUAACUUGUCCAGAUGACAUUAUUCGGUAUGUGGUACCAGGAGUAACAUCUCUGAAUGUCAACUUCCCAAACGCAACAGCAACAGAUAACUCAGGCAAGGCAUCUCUGAUUCGUGUCACACCUCCUUCGGGUAGUUUAUUCCAACUCGGUACAACCGAAGUCCAUUACGUGUUUGAAGAUCCAAGUGGGAACGUAGGAAGUUGCCGUUUCACUGUUACAGUCAACGGAACCGCGGAUGAUGACGAACAUCCUGUGGUAACUUGUCCAGAUGACACUAUUCGGUAUGUAGUACCAGGAGUAACAUCUCUGAAUGUCACCUUCCCAAACGCAACAGCAACAGAUAACUCAGGCAAGGCAUCUGUGAUUCGUGUCAUACCUCCAUCGGGUAGUUUAUUCCAACUCGGUACAACCGAAGUCCAUUACGUGUUUGAAGAUCCAAGUUGGAACAUAGGAGCUUGCAUUUGCACUGUUAGUGUUACAGUCAACGAAACUGCGGAGGUUGCGAAUAUGUCUUAUGCUCUCGGCAUGGAGAAUGGAAUUAUCCCGGGUUCAAGCCUUUCAGCUUCUAGCGUAUUUGACUAUUUUCAUUCCACCGCUAGAGCGAGAUUGAACCUUCCCCGAUUAGCACCCUAUGCCGGAGCCUGGUCUGCUAGGAGUCAUGAUGUCACUCCAUGGAUACAGGUUGAUCUGAUUACAACAUACCGUAUAAAUGAAGUGGGUACGCAAGGCCGCGAAGACUUGUUCCAAUGGGUCACUAGCUACAAGAUCAGUUGUGGUAUAGACGGUUUUAAUCAUCAUAUAGUAAAAAACAGCUCUACAAAACCUAAAACUGACAAGGUGUUCAUCGGUAAUAUUGAUCGCAACACUGUGGUGCGCAACACUUUACCUGUUCCCGCGGUGUGUCGUUACGUUCGUCUGGUACCGAUCACUUACCAUAAACACGUAAGCCUUCGUAUGGAGCUCUAUGGAUAUGGUCCUCUCACAGUCGGUCCCGAGUGGCGUUGUACUCCCAAGAAGUGCUACCACGUUGAUGCUGGCUUGCGGAACUGGACGGAAGCGUAUCACUUUUGUCAUGAUCUUGAACCCGUGACUACAUUAGCAGGUGACAAGCGUCCGUCCCUCCUCUUCAUAAAUACAACAAAAGAGUACCAGGUCGUGAAGAGGUGCUCGUACUUAUAUGACAAAUAUUAA